AUGUCAUAUGGCUCCAUCGACGGAAGCUCCUUUGGCGGUCGCAACCCGUUCGGAGGUCCAACGAGACAAGGGUACCAACCAGUCGCCACACAGGUCAGCGCCACUGAGCUGCAAGAUGUGUUCCAAGAGACUUCCUCCAAUAUCUUCCAGAUCAACGCCAACGUCGUCACGCUGGAGAAGAACCUGCAGUCGCUGGGCACAUCACGGGACGCACCAGAGCUACGCCAGACUUUACAUUCAACACAGCAGCAGACCAACAAAGUCAUCACCACUACCAGCCAGCUCAUCAAACAGCUCUCGGACAUCAUCAGCAGCUCCUCACGGCAAGACCGUCUCCGCCUAACCAGACUAAAGAGUGAACUGUCAGACUCAGUGCAGCGCUAUGGGGACCUGCAAAAGAAAAUUGCCGAGCGCUCAAAGGCACUGCUCCCUCCGACGCACAUGGAGAAGAAAAAGAGCCCGCAGACCCCGCUGGUUGACACACACGACGAGGGACCUCUGUUUGAUGCACUGGGAGCAGAAGAUUCUGUCCAAGCGUUUCUGUCGGAGAUCAGUGAGGAGGACGUGGAGGUGCUGAGGCAGAGGGAGGAGGCUCUGCUGCAGAUAGAGAGGGACAUGCUGGACGUCAAUCAAAUUAUGAAGGACCUGGCCAGUAUGGUACAUGAACAAGGAGAUGCCAUCGACAGCAUAGAAGACUACAUUCAAACCACAACAUCUAAUGUGGAAUCGGCCAAUCAGGAGCUCGCCAAGGCCAGCCAGUACCAGAGGCAGCAGAGGAAGAGGAAAUGCUACUUGAUUGUCAUUGGCGCCGUGGUCCUGGCCAUCGUCAUCAUCAUCAUCUCUGUGUCGGCAAGAAAGUAG